UCCACGCGCAUGAUGAUAUAUCACAGCCAACAACUCUUCAAGCCCAAGCCACUAACGGGGCCUGGCAGACGCACCACACGCACGUGAAAUCCCGAAAGAAGCACUGCCAACGGAGAGCAGACAGGAGUUAAGCCCGACCCCGAGGACACGACUACUCCCACAGACUGGGUUCACCGUGCGCUCGUGCCACCCACUCCCAUUCAGCGGCAGAAUGCGUGCAGCCCUUGUGCUUCUGUGCCUGGCCGUUCUCUACUCCGCCGACGCGGAAGACAAGUCGCGACUCUACAGAAGGCCUGCGUGCGGGGAUAUGACCGUGACUCAAGCAUGUCCCCUCAACUAUUCUCCUGUGUGUGGGAACGACGGAAACACAUACCCUAACGAGUGCGCGCUCUGUGUGCACAGACUGGAGACCAACGCCGACAUCCUGAUCGUGAAAGAGGGGCGCUGCUGAAGAGAGAGCACCCGCUUGAACCUGUACUGUGUACCUGUUGAAUUAGCAUGCAUCUGUUUCUUUAUUAACCUUCUCUCACUGAUAUCUAAUCUCUCCAACCAUCUUUUAUAUGCAUAUUGAGUUGUAAAACAUUUAUUUUGAAUAUUAAAAUGUUAGACUGAUUGAA